CGAACGGUCAUCAUGCAUUGGUCUGUUUGCAAUCCAAAGUUUAGUUAGCUACUGUAAUACGGCAGCUCGAGUCGUUGACAGACAGGCAAAAGCCAGUGGUCGAGACAGGAAAGCUCUCGCAGACAUAAGCUAGCUAAGCGCGCAGUGAACUCACGUUCAGGCCCUACCGUAACCAGUGGAGUGACUUAGAAGAAAUGGCCGUAGCAGCUGCCCAGAAGAACCGCGAAAUGUUCGCCAUCAAGAAGUCCUACAGCAUUGAGAACGGCUACCCAUCCCGACGCCGUUCCCUCGUGGACGACGCUCGCUUCGAAACACUGGUUGUCAAACAGACCAAACAAAGUGUACUCGAAGAGGCUCGUGCUCGUGCCAAUGACUCUGGCUUGGACUCGGAAUUCCAAGACGCCGCCACGCACAAUGGCAACGAUGCCAACACCCCGACGGUCGAAGAUGGCACGCAGCAAGACGAAACUAAGAACGGUCACCUUGAUGCAGAUAUUGGUGAUGAUGCUGGCAAGGCAGAUGAAGACUAUACUCUAACUGAAGAGGAAGUUAUUCUGCAAAAUGCGGCAAGCGAAAGCCCCGAAGCGGAGCAAGCUAUUCAACAGGCCGCGUUGCUGCUAAGAAUGCGUGACGGCAUGGGUACCCUCGCCCGUAUUCUGAAGACCAUCGACAACUAUAAGGGAUGUGUCGAACACCUCGAGACUCGCCCCUCACAAGCCGCCGGCGUACAGUUCGAUGCUCUCGUCAAAGUGAGCAUGUCCCGCAUCAACCUGCUCCAGCUCAUCCGAUCUCUUCGACAGUCAACAUCGUUCGCGGGUGUCGAUCUGAUGUCCGACAACAACAUCUCUACAAAGACCCCAUGGUUCCCUCGCCACGCUUCUGACCUAGACAACUGCAACCACUUGAUGACCAAAUACGAACCGGAGCUCGAUAUGAACCAUCCCGGUUUCGCGGACAAGGAGUACAGGGAGCGCAGAAAGCAGAUCGCCGAAAUCGCAUUCGCGUACAAAUACGGAGACCAAAUCCCUUCCAUCACCUACACCGAGUCUGAGAACGCUACCUGGCAGCGAGUGUUCAACACUGUGCUGGACUUGAUGCCCAAGCACGCUUGCCGGGAGUACAAGGCUGCGUUCGGCAAGCUGCAAGCGGCGGACAUCUUCGUGCCUCACCGCAUCCCUCAACUGGAGGAUGUAAGCAACUUCCUGAGGAAGCACACCGGGUUCACGCUGCGCCCUGCGGCUGGUCUUCUCACCGCCCGCGACUUCCUCGCCUCCCUCGCCUUCCGCGUUUUCCAGUCUACACAGUACGUGCGUCACGCCAACUCGCCCUUCCACACACCUGAACCUGAUUGCAUCCACGAAUUACUUGGUCACAUCCCUCUUCUGGCAGACCCCAGCUUCGCCCAAUUCUCCCAAGAAAUCGGUCUCGCAUCUCUUGGCGCUUCCGAUCCAGAAAUCGAGAAGCUCUCAACGGUAUACUGGUUCACCGUUGAAUUCGGCUUGUGCAAGGAGAAUCAGCAACUGAAGGCUUACGGUGCCGCUCUCCUAUCCUCUAUCGGAGAACUGCUGCACGCUCUCAGUGACAAACCUGAACUGAGGGCCUUCGAGCCAGCGUCCACCUCUGUACAGCCUUACCAAGAUCAAGAAUAUCAGCCCAUCUAUUACGUAGCUGAGAGUUUCGAAGAUGCCAAAGAAAAAUUCAGACGCUGGGUGUCGACAAUGUCGCGACCGUUCGAGGUGCGCUUCAACCCGCACACCGAGCGCGUCGAAGUGCUGGACUCCGUCGACAAGCUGGAGACCCUCAUCUGGCAGUUGAACACGGAGAUGCUGCACCUCACCAAUGCCGUCAAGAAGCUGAAGGGCCUGCACUUUGAAUAAAGCACCCACACACUAACACAAAUCAAUAGUUCAGUGCAAGUGGCGACGCCACAAUGUAUAGCUAGUGAUAUUGUAGUUAAGUAAGACUGCGGAAUGCGUGGAGCGUGAAUGUCGAGAGAGCGAGUGUCGAACCAUCGGAUGGUACUUCAUCGAAUCCUUUUGUACCUUAUUAUUUAUUAUGCCGAGCUCAUUGCCCGGGCCUCGGAAGGCGGGUAGCACCUGAUUGCCCAUUUAAGGGUGUAUACCUGAACUUCACGAGUCCUUAAUAGUAUUAGUAUUAAAUGAUAAUUUAAUAAGAAACACACAUAAUUACUAAAAAACGGAGCACCAAAAAGUAAAAAAAAAUAAAACAGAAAAUAUAUGUGUUUAAGUGGAA